ACUUUCAUAGUCAUAUUACAUUUUAAUAUUAUAUAGUACAUAAAUAUACAUCGUGUGUGUACCAUUAUAGACUAUAGUAAUUUAGUACUCGCUCUAUUUUUGUUCAUAGUAUAGUAGUGUUAAUUAUCUUAAUUAUUGUUUAAUUAUCGUCCUCUCGCUGAAUCAAUUGAAUUUGCGCAAAAUUCGUCUGUCGGAUCUUUAAUUAAAUUGGUAUACUUCACUAGUUGCCUUCCAUCAUUAAUCUCUUAGGUUGCACUUUGUUUUGUUCACAUAAAUAGAAAAGAUGGCUGAAAAUAUAGAGUUCAGUAAUCCAAAAAUUGAAAAACAAAUAAAGUAUAAGGACACUCAGACCAAGUGCUCGCUACCUGUAAUUUGGUCAGCUACCGAAAAACUACAGCUAGCUGAAGCCAUCGAUAUGUAUGGAAUAAAUUUCCCGAAACGUCUCGUCACGCGUGUCCCUACUAAAACCGUUCAACAGGUGAUGCAAAUGCUGACACAGCUUAGAAUUGAAAAUCGAAAAGAAGUUGAGGAAAUUAAAAAGUGCCCAUCAUUUAUCAACCUUGAUGAUAUGGAUGACUUGUUCUUGGUCGGUGACACCGAGCCAAAAGAUGUGUUGGUCAAGUGGAUGGAGUACCUGGAAAGAAUUUACAACAAGGACCCAUACAUUUUCAAUAAAUUUAAACUGUUGUCCAGCUCAUUACUAAUCUUGUCAGAAUGUACCCCACCACCGAAAACUACAGGGCCAGAUGUCAUAGACUUUAGGAAAGUGUACUAUUUUUUGUACCGUGUCAUUAACAAAUACCCCAUAAGGAAACAUCAUGGAGAUUCUAGGAUGAGAAAUUACCUCCAUGAAACGUUCUUGCGUGUGAUGAACGAAAUCGAUUUUACAUCUGACGAGGAGAAAAUAACUAUGCAAAAGAUAGUGUCCAAUUGGACUACUGAUAACAGGUCCAAUUCGUUGAGAGUAUAUGGGAAAAAGAAUGAAAUCAAAACAGAGCAAAAACAACCAGAGACAGACAAUGGAUCAAUUUUGAAGACGGCACUUGAGCUUAAUGUGUUAGAAAACCCAAUGAUACCAAGUUUUAAUCCAUUCCAGAUCAAAUCCAAAAAGUCUUUAUAAUGCAUUUUGUUCCUUAUAUUAUUAUAAACCUUUUUUUUUUAAAAAUGUUAAACAUUGCACGUUUAUCAAUAUUGCCAUUUUUUCUCAUUAUUAUUUAUUCCUAAGUGGCUAGAUAUGAUCAUUAUUUAUAUUUUACUUAGUCAUAAACAAGAAGAUUAAUCUCCAUUUCUUUAAAACAACUAGCAAAGAAUCAUCCAGUUUAAUGGUCCCAAAUUUAUUUUUAAAUAAACUUCAAA